AUGUCUAUCUCCCACCCAACGCCUCCUCUCCUCCUUACGAAGCGCCUCACGGCCUUUCUCAACGCGAAUCGAACUCCUCAGCUUCCCACACUUCUUCUUACGAGUCCUCACGGCAAGCUCCUCGCCCACGCGAGCCCGCACCCCGUCGCCUCUCUCCGAACGCAUGCCACUGUCGCUGCCUCACUUCUCGCCAUACACUCAACCUCCGCACCUGCGCUCGCCGCGUCGUUACCCGGUUCGCGCACGCCCGAUCCUAUCGGCAGCUCGCCGCCUGAAGAGGAGGACCUGGACGACGAGACAGAUCACUUGUCGCAGAGCCAGCAGCUCGAUUCGCAUAAAUCUGGCAAAGGAAGAGGCAUCAAGCCAGCCACUGUCACGGUCCAGCUUACGAGUGGUACUGUCGUCAUUCGCAGGUUGAAGUGCGGUCUUCUCUUUGUUUGUGUCGGGCCUGCAAACCCUGACGUUGCAGAGCACGGUGGGCCUAACCUGCACGAUCUUCAAGUUCCUCCUGGCGAGUCUCCGCACGUUGGCAGUCCAGAUGGCGCGGAUAGCAUCUUGAGUACCGGCGCGCAGACAACAGCCAGUCUUGAUAGCACCACCGGUUCUGCCGCAGCGGUGGCUGCCCUUCGCCGUCAUGCCGCUGAGCUAGCGCGUUGGCUUGACGACAAGCUAGGUACGCUCACUGUUCCAGAGGAGGGUGUGGGUGUGGAAUGA